AUGGAAAAAUUAAAAAGCAGUGGAGAUUAUCUGCCGAAUAUGGAAAAUGACCUGGAAAGUGCCUUGGGGGACAGAACGAAUGAUGAUAAAACAGGGGUGUUAAAGGAGCCAUUAAAUGAACCAUUGGCGGAGGCAACGUUUACACGUAAUGGAAUAAAAAGAGCACCCUCGUCUAAAUCCUAUUUAGCAGAAAACCACAGCAGCAGUGAAGAACAGAAGCCAUUUCGAAGCGGUGAGAAGGACGCACGUUUGCGACGUGGAAGCUACCUGCAGGAUAAGGUGGACAUGAAAGACGGAGCUGUCCUUUCAAGUAAAAACACAAGUGUGACAAAUAGCAUAGUUUCGGCGGAUUCUUGUAUAGAAGAAGAUUCUUUUGAGAAAUUUUUUCAAAUAAGUAGAGAAGCGAAACAGGAACUAUCCGAACAUGUAAAUAAAUUAUUAAGCCAUGCGAAUGAGUCGGACCGGUUCGAGACACCCAGGAAAAAAAAUAAUACCGAAACAGACAAAAGCUACGAUGAGAUGAACAAAAAAAGGAACAACACCAAAUGGUCAAAAAAAAAAAGCAGAAAAAAAAAAACAGUCACUUAUGAUCAAAAUGAUGUGUAUGAAAAUUUCACAAAAUUGAAAACAUUAUACGAUGAGGCAAAUGAAGCAACUUCCUAUUUUAUGACAAACGUAUUAAAUAAAAAUAUAAACAUUGAAAAGAAUAUCCUGAAGUAUGAUGAUAUGUUGUCUAAACAUAGUGAGAACUUCCUUAAAGGGUUUGAGCUUUUCGAUCAAGAGGAGGAGUCCAUGGAUGAGGCAGAAACAGGGAUCAGUCUUGUGGAUAACAUAUGUGAGUACUUCACCUACGUGAUGUUCUUAACGUUAAACAGGUGA